UGGCGAGCGCUCGGACAGUGGAUGAUGAUCAUAAAGCUUACAGUAUGGUUUUCUGAUCUCGCGUGUCAUCGGUCAUGGCGCUGGUCCAGUCUCUCCCCGUGUCCAUUGACCAUCCAGGACCAGGCCUGGACCCGCGUCUCCAUCCCGCCUCGCCUCCUCUGAUGGGAGCGAUGGGUGCCGUCAGCAGCAUGAUGCAGAGUCACGUCACUUAUCCUGACCGCGCAAACAUAGAGGUCAGCACCAAAUUCCGCAAGGGCACGCCGGGCUCCGGACGCCUGCUGUCCGAAACCUCACAGGGAAGUCGGACUCCGUCCAGCAAGAGGAGGAACGUCGCCGGCAGAGCGAAGGGCUUCGGUGCUCGUUCAUAUUCGCAUGAGGACUUGAUAAGUGACUGGAACGAUAAUCAUUUGGAUGUGGGUUCGACUUGUGUGGACGGACCUCCGAGACUGGUUGCAGUGUCUGGACAAUUAGAAAGCAACACUCAGCAGGCCAUAAUCAGACCCACUGCCUUCAAACCCGUGGUGCCUAAGAGCCGUAACGGCGUGCAGUAUCUGUCUCCGCGGCUCAGCGCCGGUCUGUCGGGAAGCCAAGGAAACCUCAGCAUGUUUUCUCCAGAAGACGAGGAUGUUGCGCCGGCGAUGAUGGAACGGCGCAGUUCUUACAGCGGUGCUCGCAACACUUUGUUCAGCCAGUCCUUUACCAUGACGGACACGGCACGCAACUCCUUAACCAACCUGCCGGCAUAUAACGGCCCCGUGUACAACCCCAGCCACAGUGAGGCGAGCAAACAUCACGGACACUCCAACUCCGACAGCGGCCGCUCCUCGUCCAGCAAGAGCACGGGCUCUCUGAGCGGCCGCGGCCCCCUGCUGACCGACCCGCUGUCCCCACCGCCCAUCCAGGCCUACGAGGCCAUCGUCAGAGACCUGGAGGACAAACUGAGGGAGCGAGACCUGGAGCUGCAGCAGCUCCGAGAAAACCUGGACGAGAACGAAGUAGCCAUCUGUCAGGUGUACGAGGAGCGUCAGAAGCGCACGGAGCUGGAGAUGGAGGAGUUCAGACAGACGUGUGCGGCUAAGAUGCAGAAGGCGUCUCAUAAAGCGCAGCGCGAGCAGCAGCUCCUGCAGCUCCAGGUGUUUCAGCUGCAGCAGGAGAAGAAGAAGCAGCAGGAGGACAUGAUGCAGCUCCUGCAGGAGCGCCAGAGGCUCGAGGAGCGCUGCGCCUCUUACGAACGAGAGCACACGCAGCUGGGUCCCAGACUGGAGGAGACCAAGUGGGAGGUGUGUCAGAAGUCUGGAGAGAUCUCACUGCUGAAGCAGCAGCUAAAGGACCUGCAGGCCGAUCUGGCGCAGCGCAUCGGUGAGCUGGUGACGUUACGCAGACAGCUGCGAGAGGUUCGUGCCGAGCUGCAGACGUGUCAGAGUCAGCUGCAGGAGGCGCACACGGCCUCACACACACGGACGCUGGAGCUCGAGGUCUGCGAGAACGAGCUGCAGCGGCGCAAGAGCGAGAACGAGCUGCUCCGGGAGAAAAUGAGCCGUCUGCAAGACGAGUCGUCUCACCUGCGCGCCGACGAUCAGCGGCUGGCCGGCGAAAGCGAGGAGCUGAAGGCGGAGCUCGCUUACGAAAGCCAGCGCUUGUCCGAUCAGGCGUCUGCGUUCGAGAGCGAGAGAAAGAGCUGGGAGGAGGAGAAGGAUAAAGUGAUUCGAUAUCAGAAACAGCUGCAGCAGAACUACGUGCAGAUGUACAAAAGGAACCGAGCUCUGGAGCGAUCGCUCCGCCAGCUCAGCCUCGAGCUGGAGUCCCGAGAACAGGACGACGACAGCAGCGGAAACGAAGUCACGUUCGACGACAUCGUUGCGACCGAGAUCUGAAACAUCGUCAUAAAAUGCAACUAAGUGCUGAGUUAGGGGCCGUUCACACAGAACGCGUUUGAAAGAGGUGAGACAUGGGCAGUGGAAGGCCUUGAGUUGAACUUUAACUCGAGCGCCACAUUUUUAGAAAGCUGUUUAAUGUGCGAGACUGCAAAAGACGCAAGACGUGAGUGCAAAGGUCAAACACAUCCGUCUAGCACAGAAAACCAAUGGAAUAGUGGCACAGCGGAAUGAAAAAGACACUUUCUGUGUGAACGGCCCCUAAUCGACUGCACACAGCACUGUUUUUAAGUAUGUUUAAUGUUUAUGUGGCCCAAUAAUUGGUGGAACUUCGUUAAAUCAACUCUGUGUCAUUAAUUGUUUUGGACACAUGACACAGUUUGUUUGCAAACUCACAGAAGUGCACUUUUGUGUCAUUAGCUACAUUUCCAUCCAAAGUUGCGAAUUAAACUUGGAAUAUCACAUUAAAACAUUUGCAAAUAAAGCACCAUUUCCAUCAAGAGAAAAAAAUCUUUGGCGCAAAUAACUUAAAAUAAUACUAUUAAAGAGUUGUUGCACAUCAGAGUGAAACGUUGUUCUGUUACGUUCGGAUGCUUGACGUUUGGGACGCAAUCAUGUGAGACACUUCUGAAAGGGAAUUAUACUAAAUCAUUUUGAGACUCAUAUGAUGGCGUUUUAGUGCCACGUAAAAAUAAAUAAAUAAAUAAAAAUUAACAUUAUGAGAAUAAAGCCGUAGCAUCGUGAGAUUAAAGUCGUAAUAUUUUGAGAAUAAAGUCAAAAUGACCAGAACA